CGCGCAGCCCCCUCCCCGCCGCGCUCCCGCCGCGCCGCAGCCGCGCGCAGGUGCGUGAGCCGCGCCCCGCCCGGCCCGGCAGACGCGGGCCCGCCAUGGAGCACAUCCGCACGCCCAAGGUGGAAAACGUCCGCUUGGUAGAUCGAUUGUCCUCAAAAAAAGCAGUUGUGGGUACUCUGUAUUUGACAGCCACCCAUGUCAUAUUCGUGGAAAAUUCACCUGACACAAGAAAAGAAACAUGGAUUCUUCACAGUCAGAUCUCCACCAUUGAAAAGCAGGCAACAGCCGCAACGGGGUGUCCUCUGCUUAUUCGCUGCAAAAACUUCCAACUGUUACAGCUAAUCAUACCACAAGAAAGAGACUGCCAUGAUGUGUACAUCUCUCUGAUACGCCUUGCAAAGCCAGUGAAAUAUGAGGAGCUGUAUUGCUUUUCAUUCAAUCCUAAACUGGAUAAAGAAGAAAGAGAACAAGGCUGGACACUGAUUGAGCUCAGUGAGGAGUACAAGAGAAUGGGCCUCCCUAAUUCUUACUGGCAGCUCAGUGAUGUGAACCGAGACUACAGAGUUUGUGAUUCUUACCCCACGGACCUGUACGUUCCCAAAUCAGCCACGGCCCACAUCAUCGUGGGAAGCUCCAAAUUCCGGAGUCGACGGCGCUUUCCGGCCCUUUCUUACUACUAUAAAGAGAAUCAUGCUUCCAUCUGCCGGAGCAGCCAGCCCCUGUCUGGCUUCAGUGCCCGGUGCCUGGAGGAUGAGCAGAUGCUGCAGGCCAUCAGGAAAGCCAAUCCCGGAAGUGACUUCAUCUACGUGGUUGACACUCGGCCAAAACUUAAUGCAAUGGCCAACCGGGCUGCAGGGAAAGGCUAUGAAAAUGAAGACAAUUAUUCCAAUAUCAAGUUUCAGUUUAUCGGAAUAGAGAACAUCCAUGUCAUGAGGAACAGUCUGCAAAAAAUGCUGGAAGUGUGUGAACUUAAAUCUCCCUCCAUGAGUGAUUUUCUGUGGGGUCUGGAGAACUCCGGCUGGCUGAGGCACAUUAAGGCCAUCAUGGACGCUGGAAGCUUCAUCGCAAAGGCAAUUGCAGAUGAAGGCGCGAGUGUGCUUGUUCACUGUUCUGACGGCUGGGACAGGACCGCUCAGGUGUGCUCUGUGGCCAGCCUCCUGCUGGACCCACACUACCGGACUCUGAAGGGCUUCAUGGUACUUAUUGAAAAGGACUGGAUUUCCUUUGGUCAUAAAUUUAAUCAUAGAUAUGGAAAUCUAGACGGUGAUCCAAAGGAGAUCUCUCCAGUUAUCGACCAGUUCAUUGAGUGUGUGUGGCAGCUAAUGGAACAGUUUCCCUGUGCCUUUGAAUUCAACGAGAGAUUUCUAAUUCACAUUCAGCAUCACAUUUAUUCCUGCCAGUUUGGAAAUUUCCUGUGUAACAGCCAAAAGGAGAGACAAGAACUCAAAAUUCAAGAACGAACAUAUUCUUUAUGGGCUCACCUGUGGAAGAAUCGGGCCGACUACAUGAAUCCUCUCUUCAGAGCUGAUCACAGCCAGACUCAAGGAACCCUUCGUCUUCCCACAACUCCCUGCAACUUUAUGUACAAAUUUUGGAGUGGAAUGUAUAACCGCUUUGAAAAGGGGCUGCAGCCUCGGCAGUCAGUCACAGAUUACCUGAUGGCGGUGAAAGAAGAGACCCAGCAACUAGAGGAAGAGCUCGAGGCCCUGGAAGAUAGGAUGGAAAAAAUCCAAAAAGUCCAGUUAAACUGCACUACAGUGAAGAGCAAGCCAAGUGAAGCCAGCAAACACUCAGGGUUUCCUACCUCAGACAACAGCACGGCCAACACUCCCCAGGAUUACAGUGGGAAUCUGAAAGCUUUUCCGGCCAGGAGCCCUUCCCAAGGUGAUGAGGAUUCCGCUCUGAUUCUUACCCAAGACAAUCUGAAAAGCUCCGAUCCUGAUUUGUCAGGCAACAGCGAUCAAGAGUCUGGGGUGGAGGAUCUGAGCUGCCGGUCCCCCAGCGGGGGCGAGUGCCCGCCCAGUGAAGACAGCGGCAAGGACCGGGAUUCUGAUGAAGCCGUCUUCCUCAAUGCCUGAAGUUUCAUAGGGACACACAGAAACACUUUCCAAAAAUAAGGGAACAGUGCAAUCCAAAACGGAAACGGCUUAAGAAAUGGUACAUGUCGUGGAGUUAUAAAAUACAGCCAUGAAAAGGGAAAAACAGGUCCAAACCCUAGUUUCUUUAGCUGUUGAAGCAGAGGACAGAGCCUUUACUUUUAUCAAAUAGAAGGAAAAUUAUUUCCCAUUUUGAAACUCACUCUAGUUAUCAAAGUUUUAUUCAACCGUGAUGAUUUCUACAUCACCCAUCAUCAUUAAUCCAGUUUCGUCCUUGUCAUAGCAUGCAUCUGCUCAAAAA